AUGUCUUAUAUCCAUGUGCCUCUUCUGGUGGCUACCAAUGGAACCCACUCUCACAUCGGGCACCUCCAGCCCGUCGACCAGACCAGUACCACUGCUUCAUCUACCCGCUUGGACCGCAGAAAUAACAAAGACAUCAACCCGGAAUUCACGCACAUUGGCAAGGGCGGCGCCAAGGUGCAGUGCAAUUCGAAAUACGCCACCAUGACAGAAAAACAAGUCGAGCAGUUCAUGGGCGAACCUCUCGCACGCGACAACAAGAAUGCCGGUCUGGAAGUCUUCCUUGACAUUGUCAACUAUGCUAUAAGUAGCUUAAUACGCUAUGGAGGGGAUAUCGAGCGGAGGGAGGCGUUUAUCUACUUUCUGCUGGAUGAACUGGGUUGUAAGACUCAGGAUAGAGUACGAAGGACUAAUGAUAAUAAUGAUGAUGUUAAUACGGAGGAGGAAGAAGAUGCAGAGGAAAGGGAGUUUAUAUAUACGGUUCUUGGCGCCGCGAUUCUGUAUGCGAGCUACCGUAUAACGGUGUAUCUGAUCGCCGCCGGAGCUAACGUGCAUGCCCGGCAGAGCUGGACCGAUACCUAUAGGUGGACCCCUAACAAGCGCAUCAUUGAAGGCAGGGGGUAA